CCAAUGCAAUAGUUUCACGUGUCGAUUUGCCGACUGUCGUAUGUAAUAUGUAAGGUACGUAAAACGGACACUCACGACUCAAACAUGAUGUCAAAGUGUGAGACUAAACAACACUUUUUUCUUUUUUUUCCUUUUCACCACACCGUACUACUCGUAGUAGCUCGCACCGGUUCCUCCUGAUUUGUACCCGUACUAGCACGACCAAAUCACUGUAUCCUCACUGCACUAUGAUUAUCACUUUAGUCUCUCUCGAAGAACAUGGGCUAGCCGUGCUCUCUGCUUCGUCGAUGCAUUCUGAAUUUGUUACGGAAACAAAAAUAAAAGGCCCAAUCUGCAAAAUCAACGACGCAGUCGACCGACACAACAGCACCAUGCAAGACAAAGAAAGAAUAUACGAAUCGUUCGAGGAGGAAUUUUCCGACAUCAAUACUAUCACUGUUGGAAUUCCAAAACAAAACAGGAAGGAAUUUCUAGAGCUUGCCUUGAGAACACAGCCAUCGGAAGUACAAAUGAACCAAUGGAUUGCCUUGGUUUCCGUUCUUUUCCAGAUAGAUGUCGUCGAUCUUGUCAAUGGGGACGAACAAUUAGAUACCAUCAUAGAUAAUGAGACAUUCUUUGAGACUGACGAGAACGGCAUGGUUACAAUCUUGCGUUUUCAUAACGACAGCCCUAGGGCAUUCAUCGAUGUCCCCAUGGACAUCGUUCAUUUCAAGAGUCUUACGACCCUCGUAUUGCAGAACCCCCGUACCAUUCCAAUCCAACAACUGUCUGAAUUGAUGGAGUUGGAAGACCUUGUCUUGUGGGGAGUUUUGUCAGAAACAUCCGUCGAUUCUACAGAGGGGUUUCGGCCUCUUUGCGUGAAAAAUCUGAAUCUCAAUGGGUCGAACGCAUCCGAGUCGCUCUUGGAAUGGGUAGGGGAAGCCCUACCGGAUGUGAAAACUCUUGCACUGGGAAGCUGGUUGGAGAAUGACGACGUCGAUCGCUGGCUGCAUGUUUUGAAAACAAGCGAGAACCUACAGAAACUAGAAACCCUGGAGUUCGAAGGAAGACGACACGGUUUGACCAACACCGCUCUGGGCGUUCUAUUCCUCGAGGCACUGCCGCGAUUUCGACGACUGCGAACGCUUUGUUUGGGCAACUCCCUGGACUACGGGGGCUUCCGUUGCCUGAAUGCCAAGCUCGGCGAACGGCAUCUCCCGAUCUCGAUACCGCUUCGCACUAUAAAAUGGACGGACGACUUGGUCUUUGUGCGAGCCGGUACCACGUACGAGUACACCUUUCUCGAGACAGAGGCGAUCCGGCUCGGGCGCGACGCCCCGAACGGCGUGGUCCGGGAGGUCGCGGGGUUCCUCCGACACCUCGACACCAUUACGGGGUUGGAAGCAACGAUGGGCCACCUUGUCCACCCCGCGAUCGAGGCCGAGCUGUCCCGAAACCGUGCGGGGCGACACUGGAUCGAACGCGCGAGCGGGGUGGCCCCCGGCGAUGGUGCUGCCCCUGCGCUGCUGCCCCUCGUUCUGGCUUUGUCGUCUGGGGCACCGGAUCCCGACGGUCUUUUCUACGCGGUGCGCAGCUUGUUGCCACCGCUUGCUCCGGCACUGGGCGGUCCAAAAGAACCGAUUUUUGCGGGUUGCAAUGCAUCUGGUAAGAAACGUGCACUUUCUAUGCGAAUAGCGGCAUUCUGCCAAGCAAAAAAAUAAAUAAUCUAUAAGUUACGCAACUUUG